GUGUUUGUGUGUGUGCUCCCCAGGGAGAAGAUGCCAUUCCACCAUGUGCGGGCGGGCCUGCUCUAUCCAGACAACUACCUGAGCAGCUCCCUGGCAGAGGGCACUGAAGCCUUCCAGCUCAACAGCAUCUCCACGGAAGAGCUCGGAGAGAUCCGUGAGGCGUUUCGUAUCUUGGAUCGUGAUGGGAAUGGUUUCAUCUCCAAGCAGGAGCUGGGCAUGGCCAUGCGCUCCCUGGGUUACAUGCCCAGUGAAGUGGAGCUGGCCAUCAUCAUGCAGAGACUGGACAUGGACGGGGACGGCCAGGUGGACUUUGAGGAGUUCAUGACGAUACUUGGGCCCAAACUGCUGUCGUCCGACAACAGAGAAGGAUUCCUGGGCACCACUAUUGACAACAUCUUCUGGCAGUUUGACAUGCAGCAGCUGUCUCUGGAUGAGCUGAAGCAGGUGCUGUUCCACGCCUUCCGGGACCACCUGACAAUGAAGGACAUCGAGAACAUCAUCAUCACCGAGGAGGAGAGCCUCAACGAAGCCUCAGGGAACUGCCCCGAGUACGAGGGAGUUCAUCCUAAGAAGAAGAAUCGGCAGACGUGCGUCAGGAAAAGUCUGAUCUGCGCCUUCGCCAUGGCUUUCAUCAUCAGUGUCAUGCUCAUCGCAGCCAAUCAGAUGCUGCGGAACGGCAUGGAGUAA